GCUUUGGCUUUUACCUACAGAGAGAAGCCUCUUCUCCUGGCCUCACGCUUCUCCUUCCUCUUCUUCUUCUUCCCCUUCCUGGACCGGAUCCCCCAGCUCGAUUUGUUCCGAUCCUAUUUCUUCCUCCCCCCAACCACCUAAGAUCCGGAUCCGGGAGCGGGUUUCUCUCCAGAUUCUCGCACUGACUCCUUAUUUCCUUAACCGACCUACUAGUAGUGGUAGUUGUUUCUGUACCAUCUCCCCCUCGUUCUAAUCCUCGCGAGAUCCUACCGGCGCCGCUCCUUGGGCAGUUGGGCCGUCCGUUCUUGGUUCGAGCCCCGUUCUGGGUUCCUCUGAUGGGUAGUUGAUUCGCUUUCUAGUUUGGUGUUUGUGUACGUGUUUGUGGAGUAGGGAGGAGAGAAGUGGUUGGGUUUCUAAUUUUCGUUGCUUUCCCUUUCCCUGCUUUGAUUAGAGAGAUUUAGAGAUACAAACAAAAGCCGUUUUUUCGUUUACCCAUUUUGUGAGCAGAAUUUUGUCCCUCCUCGAUCUAUCUUGCCCCCAAACUGCCACUGCCUUGUGCUCUAAUUUGGGCGGAAAAGAUAUUUGAUUGGAACAUCUUCUAAUUGAAGAUACGAUCAACCUCAGAAUCCUUCUUUUGUCUUCGUCUAUCUUCUUAGAUCUCACGAGUGUUUCCGCAAAUUUUUUAACUCGGAUCACAAGGAGUCAAGAAAUUCUUUUGCUUUGUUUCCCGUAAUGGCCAUGUCUCUGGCCCGCUUCUCCCACUGGAUAUGGCCGGGGAAUAGAACCCGGAGAGCUCGCGAGCUACCGGCGGGAAGCACGGCCGCGAGUCACGGUCUGUUCCCGGACUCUCCCUCCGGGUUCCGAGAGCCCAACGCUGUCAGGCUCCCGAGCUCAGGCUGCGGCGGCCCGCGGCCGAGGAAGGGCAGGAACCGCCGGCCCAGCCGAGAGGACUCCAUGAUAGACAGGGAGCACGACAUGGUCAUCGUUCCAUCCGAUGGCGGGGGGUACCUUUCGGACUCUGACUCUGACAACUCCGACUGGUCCAUCGGCUGGCUCGAGCCGCAGGCGCCGGAGAUGCAGAGCGAUGGUGACUCUGAGGGCAGCUUCGCCGUCCUUGUGCCCUGCUACCGUCAUGGCCGUGUUGAGCAGCCUGUGCAACCCAACAGCCGCAUUCCUGCUCACAGGGUUCUGCCCGACGACAGUCUUACCGGUGGCAAUACUUUUGUGGAGCAGUGGCUUUCUUCCCUUCAGAACUGAUGAUGUCUUCAUUCUCUGUGGCUCCGAUCCGAUGUAUAUAGUAUCAUUCCAUCCAACCUAUUGUAUUCAGCUUUUGUAAUAUAUCGAUGAAGGAAGAGAUAAAACCCAAAAGUACAAAAAAAGAGAGAGAUUAAAACAAGAGGGGUGGCAGAAGUUUUAAAGCAGCAAUGCAUGGGUGUUUCCUUCCUGAGGUUUCAAGGCUAUGGUACUCUGCUGGAGAAGUUAAAGAGUCAUGAACAACAUGAGAUGUGUGUUGCUGAGAAGCUUACUGAGAUCUGCUGACUGAUGACAAUUGGAUAAUACAAAUUGCUAGAGUGCUCUUAAUUAGUUCCAUUUGCUUCUAAGCAUUGAAAUUUGAAACUGAGUGUAUAUAAAUAAUGUCGUCGCGCCAUUUGUGUGAUCUUGAUUCUUCUGUAUAUAAUCAUGAACAAUGGGAAUGGGCUCUUUUGAGUUCUGCAAUUCUUGUGUAUAUAAACUGCCUGUUUAUAAAGGCCAGUCUAUCAAUUAAUGUGAAGUGCCCUAUUAUUCUGCUGGUGUCUAAA